GCGGAGCGUAGCCGCCUGCGGCCUACCCGGGCCCAGCGCUGCCGGUGUGCCCUCUUUCUCCCUGACCUUGCAGAAAAAUGGCAGUCGACUACUUUUUGCAUGAGAAGAUCUGGUUUGAGAAAUACAAGUACGACGAUGCUGAGAGAAGAUACUAUGAGAAGAUGAACGGGCCAGUUAGCAGCUCUUCACGCCAGCAGGAGAACGGAGCCAGCACGAUCCUACGCGACAUUGCCAGAGCCAGGGAGAAUAUCCAGAAAUCGCUGGCCGGACAGAAGACAGUUCCUCGUAGUAAAGAAGCUCCUUCUGCCCGUCACAAGAGGCAGUCAGGCCGCUCAACUAGUGCAAGCACAACCUCUUCUGGGCCUGCGGGUGACCAAAACGAACUCCUUUCCAGAAUUUCUCACCUGGAGGUAGAAAACCAAAACCUUCGCAGUGUUGUUGCAGACCUUCAGAUGGCCAUCUUCAAGUUGGAAAGCCGCCUGAAUGCUCUGGAAAAGUCAUCUACCUCCCACCAGCCCUCACCGGUUCCUCCAACCCAGAAAGUGGAACCAUUCAGUGUUCCCUCCAAGAAAGUGGAGCUCCCUUCUGCUUCACCGGCAAAAAAAGUUGAGCCAGCUGCUGCAGAGGAAGACGACGAUGAUGACAUUGACCUUUUUGGUAGCGACGAUGAAGAGGAAGACCAAGAGGCUGCCAAAGUCCGGGAGGAGAGACUGCGUCAGUACGCGGAGAAGAAGGCCAAGAAACCGGGUCUUAUUGCCAAGUCUUCUAUCCUUCUGGAUGUGAAGCCAUGGGAUGACGAGACCGACAUGGCGAAGAUGGAGGAGUGCGUCCGGUCCAUCCACAUGGAUGGGCUGGUGUGGGGAGCCUCCAAGCUGGUCCCAGUAGGCUAUGGCAUUAAGAAGCUCCAAAUCCAGUGUGUAGUGGAGGAUGACAAAGUCGGGACAGACAUCCUGGAGGAGGAGAUCACCAAGUUUGAAGAUUACGUGCAGAGCGUUGACAUUGCUGCUUUCAACAAGAUCUAGAAGCAAAACUGUAUCCCUUCUGAAACUGUAACUAAUAAAGAUCAAGAUUGGGAGUGCA